GAUUGAACUAGUGACGCAAGUACAAACUGGUACUGUGAUACAAGCGCUUUGUUUUCGGAGAAAAUUUAUUAAAAUGUGUCGUGGAUUGGGAAAUGAAGUGUUCAUACCUCGAUAUGAGGAUGACUUUGCUCUACCGCCAGAACCCAUUGAUUUUGAUGAUUUUAACGAACAACGGUCAUACCAUCAUUUGGGCUGGCCGGAGAAUGUAGACAACAACGAUCGGUACAUUGCAUGUCGGAUGUGUUUUUACCCGAUUUUAGCUCUAAAUGAUGCAACUUUUCGGGAUUUUGGUGUUAUCGGACCUGUAAAUCGCAUUAUUUGUAUCGAUCCCCCCGUGCGCUUUUAUGAUAAUUACAUUCUUGAUUGGGAACGGGAAGUGAAAUGUGAUAAUUGUGACGGUAUACUUUCGUACACUGACAAUGUUCCCGAACGCGCUAGAAGUUUUUGGUCCAACCAUUAUGCCGUAAUAUUGAAUCCCGAAUGUUUGGUAUACGGUGUUGAGCGUGAUUAUUUCGAACAUAGAGAUGACGCUGAAGAUGAUAUUGAUCAUGAUGGUGAAAUAUUGGUGACCAUUAAUACAGUGCACACCAUAGACAAUGAUGAGCCUAUGCCCGAAGUUAUCUAUGACCCCUC